GUUUUUACUGUAUUCUACUGACAUAAUGCAAAUGCUCAUCUGUUUCCUGCAGUGCAAUCGUGCAAGCUCUGUUCUAGAUCUUCUUACCACUUCAUCCUGGUGUCUUCUUAAGAAAAGGAUUGGGGAUGAUACCAUGUUUCACCUGUUGAAGUGUGCAUCUAUAUUCUUACCGCAUUCUCGUGCAAAUUACCACCAGGUGGCGGGUACUCCUAUCAUUGAUUAUGUGAUGAAGACCCCAAAACAUACAUCAGGCUCCUGUAAGAAGAGGAAGAGAGUCAACGAUGAGGACAAAUAUACAUCUGAUAACAGUAAAUGUUCAGAGAAACCCAUUGAAUCAACUGUGGAACAUCAAGUAUGUGACAAGAAUACUACAACAAAGACUGGAAAGCGUUUAAGGUUGUUUAGUCGGCAACAUUGUACAGAGAAGUUUGACAGAGUCCAAGAUGAAGACAUAUAUAAAUCUGAUACCAUUAAUUCUUUGCAGCAAUCUAAUAGUUCUCUGCCUGUUACUUGCUGCUUAGGUUCUGGUAUCUGUACUAUUGGUUGUAGUCAUAGGAGCUGUUUCAAAUCAUUUGGACGGAAAUGUUGGAGAAAGCAGAGCCCUCUGCAUUACCCUGAAGCACACAUGAUGAACUGUACAGCUUUGGCAAAUGAUAUGGUGAAAUCAAAUGAGGAACAUAAAGUAACAAAGAUCACUACCACAAAGAUUAGGAAGCGUUCAAGGCCUUUCGGUUGGCAACGUUGUAGAAAGCGCAGGCAAGUUACUUCUCCAGAGGACAAUAUGUUGCCUUCUGAAGCGACAAUUCAUUAUGAGAGAGACUGCCUGUCUGGGAUUCUUCUACAGAGCUCUAACACCAGUUUUAAUCAUCAAACUGAGAAGGUGGUUUCGUCCCAAGAGCCAGAGGAUCUGGAUGCACUUCAGAUUACAUCACAGUGCUUUAGUUGUUUGAUGUUGCAAGCACCAAGGAAAGACCCAAAGGGUGCUAAAAUCAACAAGCAACUAAUGUUUUAUAAAUCGGGGUGCUCGUUAUCAUUUCUUCCAAGAAACCAUAUAUUAAAUACAUUGAGGGCUAAUGAUGCUGGUGCGGUUGUCCUUAUGAGGGAUAUCUUUGGCUUAUCUGGGGAAAGUUUAAGUUCUCAGUCUAUGUCAUGCUUCCAAGGCAGUGGUCGUUGUCUUAUUGGUUCUGCAUGUUUGUAUCACUCACUUUUUGGCUUGCUUAAAACCCUCAUUUGCAAUGCCCGUUCCUGCAAUUACUUGAGGUUCUUGGAUAAUCACUGUCCAGCUCCAUGUCUAGAUCAAAGUACAAAUGGAAAUGUUGGACCAUUUGAGGUUAGCAAGUUGCAAACAAAUUUACUUGAUAAAAGACGUAUGCGGUUUAAGCCAAAAUGCAGUCUUUUGGAGGAACCUGAUUGCCAUGUCAAUAGACAGCAAGAGAACCAUCUUAAUAAAACUCCAGAUGUCUUUGACUAUCAAGUUGAGAUAAAUGGACACUACUGUCAGAAACAUCAAGUUGUCUCUUUUUUAUGGUCUACUUGUAGGAAUAUAGUUCCUCCAGAUUUGCUUGGAGCUCCUUCUAAUUGGAGAGCAUUAAGGAGAAACAUUUCAAAGUUUGUUAGCUUACGAAGGUUUGAAAAUUUCUGUUUAAGGCAAUGUAUGCAUGGAUUGAAAACGUCCAGUUUCCCAUUUCUAUCAAAUAAGAAGUUUUUGUGCUUCUAUAGUAAUGAUGUCGUAAAAGAUGAGUCACGAAGAGGUGCAAACAUUUGUAAGGGAAGCAACAGAUUAAGUGAUGCCAAAGGUAUUCUGAAAAAUAAGGUUUUUGAAAGCUGGAUAUAUUGGUUCUUUAAUUGUCUAGUCAUGCCUAUAAUAUCUGCCAAUUUCUAUGUUACUGAAAGUGAGCAGGGGAAACAAGAAGUUUUUUAUUAUCGGAAGCCAAUUUGGGAGAAAGUGACCCAUGCAGCCAUUGCUUUAUUGGAAAAACAAAGCUACCAUUUGUUGGACAAUACUUCUUUAAGAAAUAUAUUAAGUAAAAGGGCAUUUGGUUUUUCAAAAGUUAGAUUUUGUCCAAAAGAACACGGAGUGAGGGUCCUAUCAAAUCUAAAGGCACCAUCAAAGGUACCUCUACAAGGUUAUUUGCAUGAACAAUCUCAUGGAAUGCAGAAUAAAGUGGAUAUUCAUUCAAAGCUGGUGAAGUUUGUUUGUUUCAAGUCUGUGAAUUAUGCGCUUCGUGAUUUACAUGUCAUUCUACAAGGAAUAAAAAUGAAAUGUCCAGAGAAGUUGGGUUCAUCAGUAUUUGACUAUACUGGAGUCUACAGAAAGCUUUGUCCAUUUCUUAUUGGUUUGAAAAAUGGAUCGGCCAUUAAGCACUGCUUGGAGAGAUCUCGAUUGUUGAACCUUCCCAGGGUGUAG